GUUUGUGAAGAAUUCAAUCGAACCAUCACGUGGAGCGUGCGCGAGGAGGAUUGCGUUAGUACAAUAGAGAAAUCUAUUUUCCACGUCAUUCGCUCCGUGACAGUGAUAGCAGCAGGACAUCCGUGUGUACGUCCGUAAUUUCUGUCGAAUUAUUACCAAUGGCGGAAAUAAAUACCUUAGGAUGGGCCGACUAUCUAGUUAUAGCAAUUAUGUUAUGCAUAAGCAUUGGAAUCGGUAUUUAUUACAGAUUCAGUGGUGGUCGUCAAAAAACUAUGGAGGAAUAUUUUGUUGCAAGUCGAUCAAUGAGCAUUAUACCAGUGGCUAUUGCUUUGGUUGUGUCUUUCAUGUCUGCCAUUACGCUGCUUGGUGUAUCAGCUGAGAAUUACACAUUCGGGACGCAAUUUGUCGUAAUAAAUAUAUCAUAUCUGUUGGGUACUCCAAUUGUGUGCUACGGAUUUCUACCAGUAUUUUUCAAAUUACAGGCCACUAGUGCUUACGAGUAUCUAGAAAAGCGUUUUGGAGUGAGAGCUAGGAUGGUGGCUAGUUUUGUUUACUGGGUUCAACUGCUUUUGUACUCAGGAGUGGUACUUUACGCUCCUUCUUUAGCUUUGGAAGCGACUACAGGAAUUUCUAAGACUGCCAGUAUUAUUAUUAUCGGUCUCGUCUGCGCCUUUUAUUCGAGCAUAGGCGGCAUUAAAGCCGUGCUGAUAACUGAUGUGUUUCAAGCUCUUCUUAUGUUUACUGCCAUAUUUGUCAUUAUUGGCAUAGCUGCGAGCGAUGUGGGAGGAUUAGGACAAAUUUGGGAGAUCGCAAAGCAAGGGCAACGAAUUGAGUUCGAUAGCAUUUCUGCGGAUCCAACAGUAAGACAUACUUGGUGGUCUCUUAUCAUUGGUGGUUUGUGUACAUUCUUAUCACUUUAUGGAGUGAACCAAGUACAAAUUCAACGAUCAUUAACUGUAAAAAAUAUACGCGCUUCGCAAACAGCUUUGUGGCUAUGUUGGCCUAUUUUGACACUCCUCUCCGUUACAACUUGCUUUUCGGGCUUAGCAAUAUACAGUAAAUAUCACAAUUGCGAUCCAUUACUCCAGAAAAGAAUUAGUUCACCUGAUAUGCUUAUGCCUUUAUAUGUCAUGGAUACAAUGUCAAAGAUGCCUGGUUUGCCGGGUCUCUUUAUUGCAGGUAUUUUUAGCGCAAGCCUCAGCACGAUUUCAGCGGCUCUAAAUUCUCUGGCAGCAGUAACGUUGGAAGAUUAUUUAAAACCUAUAUAUAAGAAAUGUACUGGACAUGAAUUCCAUCCCGAAAAGUCAGCUACUGUCGCAAAAGUGCUUGCUUUUAUGUUCGGACUUAUUUCCAUUGCGCUGGCCUUUUUAGCGCAAUUAUUGGGCGGAAUACUUCAAGCUGGCUUGACUAUUUUUGGGGUAGUUGGCGGUCCCUUAUUAGGCAUUUUCACACUUGGCAUGGGCACGGAAUUAGCGACGGAGGGUGGUGCGAUAACCGGCGCUCUUACAGCGCUCGCAUUUUUAUUCUGGAUCGCUUUCGGCCAACCGCGUCCGAUGCCACCCGUUUUACCGAGGACUGUAGAAGGCUGUGAUAUGAGUAAUCUCGCAAAUGCGACGAUAUCCGUUUUACAAAAUGUCACAAAUAUCGCCAAAAGCACCGGCGACGAUUCGUACUUUUAUUUGUAUCGCAUUUCAUACAUGUGGUAUUGUCCCCUUGGAUUUUUAAUAACGUUUAUACUUGGCCUGUUCAUUAGCAGUCUGUCUCGUUUGCUGAUCAAAGGUCAAAGCAAGGAGUUAGACCUUAAUUUAUUCUUCCCCCUGAUCGCGCGACGUAUCCGGUAUAGGCGACGUGCCGAUGUCAAUGAGUUAAGGAGAAAGUAUCCUUUUAGCAAUAUAUGUGAGAUUCGCGAAAAUAGCAGUGAUGAAAUUGGUACAAAACUAAGCGAUCAAAAGGUUUCUCCAAAAAUGCGGCCACAUCUUCUUGUUCUGUUCCUUUUCUUGUCGGCGUCAUCCGCAGAGCAGCGACGUGUUAAAAGCGAUGAAGAAAAAUGUCACGACGAGCAUCCUACCUUGCUCCAUUAUUUCUCAUGGGCGGAUUAUACGGUGCUCGCCAUAAUGCUGUUAGUGUCAUGCUUGAUUGGCACCUUUUACGGCUUUUUUUCCAAGAAGCAGGAAACUAGCCAGGACUUUCUGCUGGGUGGUUCCUCUAUGGGCACGUUUCCCACAGCGAUGUCGUUGGCCGCCAGUUUUAUCACAGCCAUCGAGCUUCUGGGAAAUCCUGCGGAAAUGUACGAACAGGGCACUCAAUUUUGGAUGACCUGCCUCUCUUUUAUACUCGUGGUACCGAUCACCUCUCGCUUGUACCUGCCGGUGUUCAUGAAAUUAAGGCUGACUUCGAGCUACGAAUAUCUGCAUCUGCGUUUUAAUCGGAACUGCCGAUUGCUCGCGAGCGGAUUGUACAUGCUGCAAAUGGUGUUGUAUACAUCAGUGGCUGUGUAUGCGCCUGCAUUAGCGUUAAGCCGCGUCACAGGCCUGAAUACUUACAUAGCCGUCACUCUAGUCUACGUAGUUUGCAUUUUCUACGCUUCCCAGGGUGGUAUGAAAGCCGUGAUAAUGACCGACACUUUUCAAGCUGCUGUUCUUCUUGGCUCGUUGUUUCUUAUUUUGGGUUACGGAUUGUCUUGGGCGGGCGGUAUUGCGCUUGUUUGGGAGGAAAACGUGAAAUCUGAAAGAAUAGAGUUCUUGAACAUGAAUCCUAGUCCCACGGUACGGCAUAGCUUCUGGAGUGUCGUCAUUGGUGGUACUUUUUACUGGGCUACCAUGUUCUGCAGCAACCAGGCGUCCGUCCAAAAGUAUCUCAGCGUUGAGAGGAUAUCACAAGUGAGAAUAGCGCUAUGGGUGUCUUCGUUUGGUAUGAUCAUAAUUUAUAGUAUAAACUUUCUGACUGGAAUGGUGCUGUACAGAGCUUACAAAGACUGCGAUCCUUUAACCGCCGGUUAUAUAAGCGACCAGGAUCAAAUACUUCCCUUAUAUGUAAUGAAUUUUAUGGGAGGCCUUCAUGGUGUACCCGGAUUCUUCGUCGCUGGAAUUUUCGCCGCGUCUCUCGGAACUGUGGCGAGCGCUCUGAAUUCGUUAGCAGCGAUAACAUGCGAGGAUAUUCUACGCGGCCUCUUUCAGAUGGAGUUGUCCGCAAAAAAGGGUGCCAAUUACGCUAGAUGGAUUAGUAUAUUUUUUGGUGUACUUAGUUUUGCGCUGGUCUUCGUCGUUGAACGACUCGGUAGCGUUUUGCAGGUCGCACUGUCUUUCAACGGCAUGGUGGGCGGCGUGACUUUGGGAUUAUUCUCCUUGGGCAUGUUUGUGCCAUGGGCUAAUGCUAAAGGAGCAAUGGUAGGUGCUAUUACGAGUUUAAUAGUCGUAUUAUGGAUUGGAUUAGGCGCCCAAGUCGCCGCUGUAAAUGGACAGAUACAUUUAGACAGCAAGCCGAUAUCGAUUGCAAACUGCCCUUGUAUAAAUGAGACUACGAUCAUCCUUAAUCAAACUGAGCACAGCUCUGAUAACGAAGUUUGGUCUAUAUACAAGACCAGUUACCUGUGGUAUAGCGCGAUCGGUUGCGUGUUAACCAUGUUAGUGGGCUUGACAGUGAGUUUUAUAACGGGCGCACAAAAUCCCGCUGAUGUCGACCAAGAUUUCCUGAGUCCGCCGAUUGCGGCAAUGUUCCGCAUACAGACAAAGCCUCAAGCUUCUGCGAAUGUCCAAGGUAUCGCAAACUUGGGCCUCGAGUUGGAGGACGAGAAGCCUCGGCAGAUAGAUAUUUGCAAAAGCCCGAAGUGCCCCUGAACGGGAGAGUCCGUAUUGAGAGAAGCGGCUGCCGAAACGCGAAUUAAAUAUUGUGCACUAGAUUUGUCGUGGUCUAGUUUAGCAAGCGUUUUAUCUGUUAUUCCGAACGACCGGAGCGAGUUGCAUGAUAUUUUCGAGAAUUUACGAUGGUAUUAGCGAGCAUUUAUUUGACAUUUUUAGGCUUUUUUUAGAAUUUUGCUACAUAAAGGUAGAAUAAAUAUAUCUUCAGUACACAAAUUUGACAAACAUCGUAAAUACAUUUAAAAAGAGUUGUAAUCGUGCAAACAUAUUCCGGAUACUUAUGAAAUGUUUGAAUUUAACAGAGAGUGAACUGCUCUGUAAUUUCAUAAUCUUACAGUAUUAAUAUUUUAAGGAAAAAUUGAAUUUUUCAAUUAAUAUAUAUAUAUAUAUGUAAGAUAUCUAUUUUUCUAA